CGGGUUUACUGAAUGGUGCUAUUUUGUAGGACGCACCGCUAUCGCUAUCGCUACCCAAACCAAUGUAACGUUAGUUAACGUUAGCUCUAGCUAACGUGUAACAUUAACUGUCAAUGUUGGUUGUUGCUGCUUGCUGGCUGGUUGUUUCAGGCAAUGUUAUGGAUUGAUAUUUAGCGAUAGAUGGCUCAUUUAAGCAGUGUUAGUCGAGCAAUUCGAGUUAAUCCAGGUUUCUUAAAAUGUUACUGUAUCAGUUUCAAAUAAUUUGCUUUGGAACCGAUUUAACUAGCUAAGACAUUAACUUACUAUCAUAUGAUAGCUUGGCUUGGAUAGCCAGCUAGCUAACUACUAACGUCAGUCAUAUUUUAAAUAAUUUUGCAACCUUAGUAUGCUCGCUAACUAGCCUAACCCUAAUUCUGGUCAUGGAAACCGGUAGCAGGGAUAUUUUUAUGACAGACGUGGCAUAAUUUACUAGCCAGUAUGAAAGUUAGCGUUAGCAGCUACAAGCAACAAUAUGGGUAACGUUAUCUUAUCUACAUAUUCGUAAAUGUUUCGUAGCUCAAAGUUAUCAUUACAUUGGGGCCUAGGAACUAGAUUAACUGUUGUUGAGCUGAGAAAUUCAAUUCUGGAUUAUUUGAUAUAUGUGUACAGUAACUAGGCUACUACAAUGAGUCAUAUUACACACGGUGACUAUGAUUCUGUUUAAAUCCAUAUCACCACUAGAUGUCAGGCUUAGCCUAGUCAUUAUAGCUUCUACCCGUAUCUCUAUGGCACUGACUCAUUUGGCCCUAAGCCUGAGGAUUCCCCUUUGUUAAGAGGGUCAUUGUUGGAAUCUACCCUUUCAUAAGGAAUAUCAGUUAUUGUUUUUUUUUUUCACGAACAUCACUUACUCUUGUAAUGUUUUGUUUUUCAUGUUAUGAUAUCACUGGUGGGCAUGGCGGGUCUAAUGCACUGAUCCACCAAUGCAUUUCUCAAAGGAUUCUGAGGAGCGCUUUGCCUUCCUGGCCGAAUGGUACGACCCCAGCGCGGCGCUCCUGCGGCGCUACCAGCUGCUGUUUUACCCCAGAGACGACUCUGUGGAGAUGUUUGACAUGAAGAACCAGCGCACCUUUCUGCGGAGGACGAAAUACGACGAGCUUCACCUAGAAGACCUUUUUGUGGGCAACCGCAUUAAUGUGUUUUCCCGUCAGCUUAAUCUGAUUGGCUACGGGGACCAGUACACAGCCAACAAACUGGGAAGCAAAAAAGAAAGGACAUUGGCCAUGAUCAAGCCAGAUGCAGUCACCAAAGUGGGAGAUAUAAUACAGUUGAUUUAUGAAGCCAACCUUAUCAUCACAAAAGCCAAGAUGACAAAGUUGACUUGGAAGCAGGCGGCAGACUUUUACACGGAACAUCAGUCAAAGUCUUUUUUCAAUAACCUGCUGCAGUUUGUGACCUCUGGUCCGGUCAUCGCCAUGGAGCUGAUGGGCGACGAAGCUGUGUCUGUCUGGCGGAAGCUUCUAGGCCCGACAGACUCCUCUGUGGCACGGAAAGAGGUGGUGUCCAGCCUGCGUGCUCAGUUUGGCACAGAUGGCACCAGAAACGCCGCACACGGUUCUGACUCGCUGGCAUCUGCUGCGAGGGAACUGGAAUUUUUCUUCCCAUCCACAGCUGGCCACGGACCCCCUAACACAGCCAAAUACACAGACAGCACAUGCUGUGUCAUCAAGCCACACGCCAUCUCCGAGAUCUUGACCGGAAAAAUCCUGGGAUCCAUCAUAGAUGCAGGUUUUGAAAUCACAGCGUUGCAGAUGAUCAACAUGGACCGUGCCAACGCUGAAGAAUUCUUUGAAGUUUAUAAAGGGGUUGUGACGGAGUACACGGGGAUGGUGGUGGAGCUCUGCUCCGGACCGUGCAUGGCUCUGGAGAUUCACGCCUCAGAUGCAGCCAGAGCCUUCCGACAGUUCUGUGGACCAGCCGACCCGGAGAUCGCUCGACACCUCCGACCCAGUACUUUAAGAGCGUUGUACGGCAAGAACAAAGUUCAGAACGCUGUCCACUGCACAGACUUGCCUGAGGACAGUGUCUUGGAGGUACAAUAUUUCUUCAAGAUUUUAGAUGGAUGAUUGUUUGUUUGUUUGUUUGUAAAAGCUAUGUAAAUAAAAACAAAAAUUGAGUCUGA